AGCGCUCAGGGCAGGGAGGGGCCCACUGCGGGGGACAAGCCCAGUGCCCAGUGGAACUUCUGGGGGGCCUUGUGGGGAAGCCUGGCAUCCUUUGUCCAGUGAUAGAACCAAUCUCUGGUGGUCGAGGCUGGCACUCUCCUCUCCCCAUGCUGGCGCUGGGCUCAGUCCCUGGUACGUGCCACACACACACCAGGGAGGGGGGCACCCCCGAUCGGGGGUCCAACGGGGGCAGUGGGCAUCCAGCUCACUGUCCAGGUCCUCAGGGCAGCAAGCGCUUGCCCACCCAGGCCUGCUCCAGAAGCUUCUGUCACUCACACCUUUCUCCAGGCCUGCCUGGCAGCCCAGGCUGGCUCGAGUGUCCACCUUGGGGAUGAGGCCGACACACAGCCUAGUGGCCAGGUCCCCGGACCCCAGUUCCCUCUGGUCCUGCACAGUGGAAAGGGCAGCCGGUCUCACCCUGGAGGCCAUCCUGGUCCCGCCUACUGACGGGCGGCCCGCAUCGCUCGCCCAUACCUUCCACUCAGGUUAGCAAGGCCUUCUCUUAACGGGUGCGUGUUGUGGUCCCGGGGUGCAGCUGAGGCCUGGAAGGUCCCAUGUCUUGCUCUGACCUGAGUCCCCGUCCCGGGCCUCGUCCCCAAGCCCCUCUCCCCGCAGGAGGCCUGACCCUGGUGGUGCUGCUGGUCUCCUGGGCAGCGCUGGGCCCCCGCGGCCUGGAGGGAGUGGAGCCCACGGCGCCAGCAGACCCCGAGGGCCCACAGUGCCCAGCCGUCUGCUCCUGCGGCCACGACGACCAUACAGACGAGCUCAGCGUCUUCUGCAGCUCCCGGAACCUCACGCGGCUGCCUGGGGGCCUCCCGCCUGGCACCAGGGCACUCUGGCUGGAUGGGAACAACUUCUCCUCCAUCCCCACGGCCGCCUUCCGCAACCUCUCGGGCCUGGGCUUCCUCAACUUGCAGGGCAGCGGGCUGGCCAGCCUGGAGCCGCAGGCGCUGCUGGGCCUGCGUGGCCUGUGCCACCUGCACCUGGAGCACAACCGGCUGCGUGCGCUGGCAGCCCACACCUUCCUGCACACACCCGGCCUGGCUUCGCUCGGCCUCAGCAACAACCUGCUCAGCCGCCUGGACGAGGGUCUCUUCCGGGGCCUGGUGCACCUCUGGGACCUCAACCUGGGCUGGAACAGCCUGGCCGUGCUGCCCGACACUGCGUUCCAGGGCCUGGCCGGCCUGCGGGAGCUGGUGCUGGCAGGCAACAAGCUGGCCUACCUGCAGCCCGCGCUCUUCUGCGGCCUGGGCGAGCUGCGAGAGCUGGACCUGAGCCGGAAUGCCCUGCGCAGCGUCAAGGCCAACGUCUUCAUCAAGCUGCCCAAGCUCCAGAAGCUCUACCUGGACCACAACCUCGUGGCCGCCGUGGCCCCGGGCGCCUUCCUGGGCAUGAAGGCGCUGCGCUGGCUGGACCUCUCGCACAACCGCGUGGGCGGCCUCCUGGAGGACAGCUUCCCGGGGCUGCUGGGCCUGCGUGUCCUGCGCCUCUCGCACAACGCGCUCGCCAGCCUGCGGCCCCGCACCUUCAAGGACCUGCACUUCCUGGAGGAGCUGCAGCUCGGCCACAACCGCCUGCGGCAGCUGCCCGAAGAAGCCUUCACAGGCCUGGGCCAGCUGGAGGUGCUGGCCCUCAACAACAACCAGCUGCAGGAACUCCGGCCCGGCGGCUUCCUGGGCCUGCUCAACCUGGCCGUGCUCAACCUCUCCGGCAACUGUCUGCGCGACCUCCCGGAGCAGGCCUUCCAGGGCCUGGCCAAGCUCCACAGCCUGCACCUGGAGGGCGGCUGCCUGGCCCGCCUGGGCCCACUCGCCUUCGCGGGCCUCUCGGGGCUGCGCCGGCUCUUCCUCAAGGGCAACAGCAUUGCAGACGUGGACGAGCGCAGCCUGGCGGGCCUGGCCGAGCUGCUUGAGCUGGACCUCACGGCCAACCAGCUCACGCACCUGCCAGGCCGGCUCUUCCAGGACCUCGGCCGCCUGGAGUACCUCCUCCUCGCCCGCAACCGGCUGUCGGCCCUGCCGGCGGACGCCCUGGGGCCCCUGAAGCGCACCUUCUGGCUGGACAUCUCGCACAACCGCCUGGAGACGCUGCCCGCGGCCGUGCUCGCACCGCUCAGCCGCCUGCGCUUCCUCAGCCUCCGGAACAACUCGCUGAGGACCUUCGCGCCGCAGCCCCCGGGCCUGGAGCGCCUGUGGCUCGAGGGCAACCCCUGGGACUGCGGCUGCGCGCUGGGCGCUCUGCGGGCCUUCGCCCUGCAGCAGCCGGCCUCCGUGCCCCGCUUCGUGCAGGCCCUGGCCGAGGGUGACGACGACCGCCAGCCACCCGUGCUCGCCUACAACAACAUCACCUGCGCCAGCCCGCCUAGCCUGGCGGGCCUCGACCUGCGCGACAUCGGCGAGGCCCACUUUGCCCACUGCUGACCCGAGGCUGCCCCGGCAUCCCGACGGGCCCUCGCAGCCCCGGGGGGACACAGCCUGCUCCCUCAGGGCCUGACUGUGAGGGUCGGGGACACGGCCUCCCCAGCUGUCAUCAAUUAAAGUAACCGAAUAAACA